AGCGCCCUCCCCUCCCGGCCAAGCCGAGGGCGGGGCGCUGGCGCCAGGAAAUGCCCAGGAGUGUGUGUCACCUGCCCCGACGACUUGUUGAUUCCCAGGAGCGCCGCCUUCUAGGUUGGGACCUGGAGACUGGAGGACGGUCUCGCUGCCCGUCCCCCAGGCGGCCCCCAGCUCCACAGACAUGAGCAAGUUGGGCAAAUUCUUUAAAGGGGGAGGCUCUUCUAAGAGCCGAGCCGCUCCCAGCCCCCAGGAGGCUCUGGCCCGACUCCGAGAGACUGAAGAGAUGCUGGGCAAGAAGCAGGAGUACCUGGAAAAUCGAAUCCAGAGGGAACUCUCCCUGGCCAGGAAGCACGGCACGCAGAAUAAGCGAGCUGCUUUACAGGCACUAAAGAGAAAGAAGAGGUUUGAGAAGCAGCUCACUCAGAUUGACGGCACGCUGUCCACUAUCGAGUUCCAGAGAGAGGCCCUGGAGAACUCGCACACCAACACCGAAGUGCUGAAGAACAUGGGUUAUGCGGCCAAAGCCAUGAAAUCCGUCCACGACAACAUGGAUCUGAACAAGAUAGAUGAUUUGAUGCAAGAGAUCACGGAGCAACAGGAUGUUGCCCAAGAAAUCUCAGAAGCAUUUUCUCAACGGGUUGGAUUUGGCGAUGACUUUGAUGAGGAUGAAUUGAUGGCAGAACUUGAAGAAUUGGAGCAGGAAGAAUUAAAUAAGAAGAUGACAAGUAUCCGACUUCCAAAUGUGCCGUCUUCGUCCCUCCCAGCUCAGCCUGACAGAACACCAGGCAGAAUGCAGGGUCUGUCCUCCACUGUACAGCGUUCCCGAGCAGCAUCUUCCAGGAGGGCAGAGGAAGAGGAGGAUGAUAUCAAACACUUGGCGGCUUGGGCUACUUAAAUUAAAACGGAAUUUUUGGACACCUAUGUUAAUGAGAUGUACAGAGGACAUAAAAAAAAAAUGUUUUUGCCAAGUUCAGAAGUUAACAAAGACCCUGUUUUGUAUUUACA